UGGAAAUGACUCCUGUGUACGAAUGUCUCAUCUUUCCUUCGUCAGGUGAUUUAAGGGCUGUGGACCAGAAUUCUGAUUUAGAACAAUGGCAAGAGACUGAGCUGAUUAACUAGCUCGAUAGGUGGAAAACUGCUUCAUUUGGGGGAAAGUGAUGUCAUGAAGAAGUAGCAUACUGCAGUCUGCUCUGUUAACUUCAUGGGAGAAGAGGUUAAGAGGAAACUUUUAAAAGAAAAUAAGAGUUUUUCCAGACUGAGGACUUGGCAAGAAAACACAAAAUGUCUCCUGAAUCAAAAAAACUUUUCAACAUAAUUAUUUUGGGAGUCUCAUUUAUGUUUAUAUUCACUGCUUUCCAAACAUGUGGAAAUAUUGCGCAAACUGUUAUCACAAAUUUAAACAGCACCGAUUUUCAUGGUAGUGGCUACACAAGCAUGUCCAUUAUUUAUGGAGUAUUCUCUGCAUCGAAUCUUGUAUCACCUUCAGUAGUUGCAAUAGUAGGACCUCAACUCUCCAUGGUUGUUAGUGGCAUAUUUUAUAGUCUGUACAUUGCAGUUUUUAUCCAACCUGCUACGUGGGCUUUUUAUACUGCUUCUGUUUUUAUUGGCAUUGCAGCUGCUGUACUCUGGACAGCACAGGGAAAUUGCUUGACUGUAAAUUCUGAUGAAAACACCAUUGGAAGGAACAGUGGAGUAUUUUGGGCGCUCUUACAGUCCAGCUUGUUUUUUGGAAACCUAUAUAUAUACUUUGCUUGGCAAGGAAAAACUCACAUAUCAGAGAGUGAUCGCAGAACUGUCUUCAUUGCUCUGACUGUUAUCAGUCUUGUGGGCACAGUUCUGUUCUUUCUGAUUAGGAAACAAGAGGACACAAAAACUCCAGGGGAGGAAGAUUCUGCUAAUGAAAUCCUGGGGGACAGCUCGUCUGCACAAAACAAAAUGACGAGAGCAGUGGCUGCCUUCAAGAAAUCUAUAAAGCUGAGCUUCACCAAAGAGAUUCUCCUUCUCAGUGUUACAACCGCCUACACAGGUUUGGUAUUAACAUUCUUUUCUGGAGUAUAUGGAACAUGUAUUGGUGCUGUGAAUAGGUUUGGCGGUGAAGAGAAAAGUCUUAUUGGUCUCUCUGGUAUUUUUAUUGGUGUUGGAGAAAUUUUAGGUGGAGGACUCUUUGGUUUACUGAGCAAGAAUAAUCGUUUUGGCAGGAAUCCUGUUGUGAUGCUAGGCAUUAUUGUCCAUUUUAUAGCCUUUUAUUUAAUAUUUUUCAACAUGCCAAAUGAUGCCCCUAUUGCUCCAAUGGAAGGAACAGAUGAUGUUGCUUAUAUGAUUCCAAGCAAAGAGGUGGCCAUAUUCUGCAGCUUUCUGUUGGGCCUGGGGGACAGCUGCUUUAACACCCAGCUCCUCAGUAUUUUAGGAUUUCUGUAUUCAGAAGACAGUGCUCCUGCCUUUGCCAUCUUUAAAUUUGUUCAGUCCAUCUGUGCUGCAGUUGCGUAUUUCUACAGCAACUACUUCCUUCUGCAGUGGCAGCUCCUGAUCAUGGUCAUUUUUGGCUUCUUUGGAACAAUUACCUUCUUUACAGUGGAGUGGGAAGCAGCAGCAGCUCUUGUUGCCCGUGGCUCGGACUACAGCAGCAUUUGAUCUAGAUACCAUGCCUAGUUCAACAUAAGGAAAAACACAGCACAGUUAUUGUGAGGUGAUGUGAGAAGGUGGAAAGAUCAAGCUGCUGCAGAGGUUAUGAUGGAGGAAGCUACUACCAUAUCACCGUCAGUCUAAAUGAAUGUGAAACAUGGGAGAGAAAACAAAAAAGCCCAAUUUUAAAGGCUUUUUUCUUGCGUUAAUCAACUGAGCAUGGUAUGCAUGUUCUUAACAAUCCAGUAUUAGAAAUGGAAGGAAAUGUAGGGAUCUAUGUAUUGAACAACUCUGUUUCAGAUUGAUUAAUUUCAGAUUAAUUGAUUAAUUUCACUCUACCAUGCACUACAGAAUUACAGUUGCAUUUUUCCCCUGAAAUUAUUUUUCUUAUACUCUAAUUCUGCAAGCACUUAAAUUCUUGUAUGAUAUUUUUGUAAGGUACACUAUAUCACAGAGUGUGUCUGCACAACUGAGAGAUCAAUUUGUCUUAGACUUUUUCAACAAUUAGAUAUGUAGAGGUAUUUCUGUGGGAAAUGUUGCUGCCUUAUUCUGUAUCACACAGUUCCUUCUUUCACAAUUGAUUAUGAAUCAAUUUCAUGUGCUUAAAUUUUAUCAGAUGCAUGGGUUUGUUGGAAGGAAGUGAAUCAGGUUGUAGUGUGACAUGAAAGAUUUUACAAGAAUUUGAAGAAGUUAUCCAUAGCCAUCUUAAGGAUGUGAUCCUGAGAUCUGUGAAAUAUUGUUAAUUGAAAUCAGUCUCUUGGUUCCAGCAUCUCAGAAUUGAACUGUGUUGGGAUAGCUGCUGAAACUUUCUCAGGGUAAUGCUGUAUGAAGGACCGUAAGACCCUUCCAGACUCCCAAAUAGUUCUUCUGAGUUCAAUGAAAUUUCCAUCAUAAUCUGUGAUGGGAGCAUUGUCUAAGAUAACUUUUUAAAGUACAAAUAGACUUAGAAUGUGAACUGUAAGAAUAAUCUUGCAGUGUUUAUUUUACUGCAUAGUCUAAAAAUACCUGGAACACUUGAUGUAAGUUGUUUCAGUAUAUUUUGGGAAGACUGUACUGUAGUCGUCUUCUGCCAAAUGUGAAAACAAGGAUACUAGCAUAGUAAACUAAGUUUUAAUCCAAAACUGUUACAGAUGUAAUACAGGCAGCAAAUGCAACUCAUCUCGAUUUUUAUCUGUCUACAUGACUCUGUAGUACUUGCAGUUAUGUUUCUGUCUAGCAGGCAAACAAGAUGCAACUGAAAACAGGUAUGGAACACUGAGAAGGUGUUUUUAAACACUCCAUGUAGCUAUUUUUAGAAAAGUACCAUUUGCCAACCUUUUACGCACAGUCAGGAUGUCUUAUCUUUAAAGAAAAGUAAAAAAAAAAGUCGACUUGGUAUGUGUCAGUAGCUUCUGCAUGUCAUAACUAUGUAGGUGUACCCAAGGUUAAGCUGGUUGAGGGAUUAGAGUAUCUCCUGUGACAUCUGUUGUCACUUUUGCUCUCCCAGGGCAUGUAACACACAACUCCCAUGAAGCACAGCCCUCUUCAUGCACAGUAAAACAGCAGAGAGGGAUUAUGUUACAGACAUAUAGAAAAGGAUUUUAAAAUUCACCACAGGUUUUUGCUGUGAGAUCAGUAAGGUGUUAAUGGGAGAAUGAGAGGGCACCUGAACAUUUGGCAAGCAACAAAAUCUGUGAGGACUGCCAGGAGGGAAAGCCUUUGUGUAUUCCCAGGAGAUUCAAUGAACGAUGUAAAAGAGAAUGAGAUAGAACACACACUUGAGCGAGGGGUUACUGAAGCCAUUCCAAUUUGUCAGACAAACUGAAAAGGCAUUCAGCGUUCAAUCAAUACAUAUAUGAUUAACGUGACUAGCAACACUCUAAUGCCUCUUACCCACUCCUGUUACCCUGUAAUUUGAAGCAUACUAUUUUUAUAUACUGAGCACUGUAAAAGAUGUAGACGAUGGGAUUCUGUCAGUGAUUAGAAUUCUCUUGUUGCUAUACAUUUGUAUUUUCUCCCAAGUACCAAAAAGGAUAAAGAGCUUUUUUAAGAUGGGGAAUUACUUUUGUCUCUGAAUUACUCCUGGAACCUGUUUUUCCCCUAUGUAUCAACAAGAGAAGAAAACCUUGAAAGUUCACAGGAACAAUUUUGUCUUACAGUACAUAGGGGGAAAAAGUGAUUCUCUGGUCUUGUGAUGAGUAACUUGUAAAUGCUUUUAAAACAAUGCCAUUUAAUUAUAGCUAGGUUAUGGCUCUCAGAGGUUGCUUUUUAAAUUGAUCCCUUUUAAUGAUGAACUUGUGUUAUUCAUCUGCCAUAUAAGAAUUAUAUCAAAUAUUGUAUUAAAAACUAAAUUGCUAAGUUUAUGUAGUUUAAAAAAGCAUUUUGAGACCAACUGUCAGGGACACUAAUGAACUAGGACUUGCGGAGUUUCAGUACCUUUGAAUUUCAUGCAUUUCUUUUUUUGUCUGUUCUGCUUGGUCUGACUUGAUAUCAGGUAAUGUUAGAAGGCUGUGCAGAACUAUUUAUUGGGUUGUUACAGUGAAGCGUUAUUGCUUUGUGACAAGUCUUACAAGAAAUCAUCAAAUUCUCAAAACUGUCAUGGAUAGCCAAUUUUUUUUUACUAUUAACUAUGUAAGUAUUCCUUUUGACAUUUGAUCUUAAGAGACAGUUCUCAUUCAAGCUGAUAAUGACACAUGAUUGCUUUUCACUUACUCGUAUUUCUUUGGCUUGUCAGGAGGUGAAAAAUUCACCCAGCUUUACACAAUCAUGAGUUUGAUCAAAAUUUUUGGUAUAGGAAUAUCAAGAGUAGUAAUGCUGACAUCCAUUUAUGAUUCCAUCUCUUAAUCUUUUAUCAGCAUUUACCAGCCCUGUGACUGCACUCCAUUCAUUUCACUGCCUUGGGCCUUUGAACAAUUUCAUGUUAAUCUGAAUUGGGAGCUUACUGUUAAAUUAAGUGGGAUUUGAAAAAAGGUUUUUGCUGUAUUUAUGGUAUUGUGGGUUUAUUUUAUAUUGGGGAUUUUAUAAGGGAAAUUACACAUUAAGUGGCUUGGGUUUAUUGAGAAGUCUUUUGUUUGGGUUUUCUUUUCUCAUUCUUUUAGGUUGUUAAUAUCUUAUAUCUUGUUUAAUAUCUUGACAUAUCCCCAAGUUUUGCAAACAAAUUUUAAAGAGGAAAUGAAAAUUGAUGUUCUUGUCAUUUGAGUGCCAAAGAAGCUGCUACAAAUUAGUCUUUAAUGCAUGUCACAUAAGCAUAUCUAUAUUUUUGCCUUGCCAGUUGGUUUUCAUUUUGAUAUAUGAAUGUAUGGAAACAGAAAAUUUCUACAACUGUAGACCUUGUUCAUAUUUAAGUGAUGUGCUUUUACUACUCUGUUGUGUUGAUUUUAUUAGGUACAAUCUAUGUUAGGAAGUUGAGGUAAGGAAGAGAACCAUUUAUAGUAUGUUCUUUAUAAGUCUAAUCUGUAAAUUUCUGCAGAUACAGCUAAACUCAUAAGGGAUAUAAAAAACCUACCAAAAAAAUCCAAACUAAAACAAACCCCAUAACCUUUACUGAUGUCCCUAUCUUAGCAGAAAACCCUCCUGUGGUAUCUUCUGCUGGUAUAGUUCUUUAAUUUUUGUGACCAUUUUAAACUUGAGCUUCCUGGUGAAGUUUGCUGGAAAAUACACAUUUUAUGGAAAAAUAAGUGUAGAAAACCAUAAAUUCAGGACUGUGUCAGUUAACCAGACAGAGAAAGCUCCACUUCACUUUCUUUGAAUUCUACAAGCUUACUUCAGCUGGGGAAUGUGGUUCCCUGGACACCAGCCUAAGUGCCAGUAAUUAGUCUUACAGAGGUUGCCUCAGAAGUGUAGGUGUGUAUGAGGGGAACUUCAAAAGAUUGUCUUCUAGGGCAGUGAUUGUUUGCUGUCAGUAUAAAUGGGAACCACUAUGUUCAGCAUCAUGCCAAUAGACAAUAAUCAACUUUGACUUGAAUUGUGCAAAUAUGUAGGUAGGUUAAUACUUAACGUACAAUCGUGACCAUUAUUUUUUCUAGUGAAAUGCAUUUUUGAAGACUUUAUCCACACUGCUGUUUUCCUUGGAAGUCUUGUAGCCCCACUUAUGCUAACUGAAUGGCAGCAGGAGUUAAUACCAUGUUUUCCUUGUUCCUUGGUAGGUCUUCUAACAUGCUGGCAGAAAAUAUUUAAAAAAUGGGAGAAUUUAAAGAUGAUGAAGUUGAGAAGUUAGCUGCUUAACAAGAUACUUGCCGUUCUGAUAUGACCAUGCUGGUUCAGAAGCAAGGUUGAGACUUGUAAUUUUCAUGGAUAAAUUCAGAAUGAUGCUUUGAUACUUUUAACUUCAGAGGUGAUUUAAGUACCACAGAGAAGCACUAAAGAAAGAGUGGGGGGAAAAAAAAAAUCCUUAAAGUGCAAUGGAGAGCACAUCUGGAACUGAGCAUAAUUCUCAGCAGGCACGUGAAGGGGGUGCUUUGUUCAAUUGAGUUUGGGCAUUUAGCUGCUGCUGGCACCGACUCAAUUUCUAUUUGUUGCAUACUGUCUCUGCUAUCGGUUAUUUCAGCUGUUGACAUGUCUCCCUUCAAGCUGUCCUUCCUCUUUUGUUUACAUUUUGAUACUGUGCUAAUUUAAAUGAUUGAAACUAUUUUACUUUAAUAAAAGAUGUCUUUGGUUAGAAUUGGUGAUAAUGGAGAACAGCCUCACACAAUGAUUAUCCUAAUGAAAAUGUUGAUUUCGAGUGUACCUGACUCUUUACUAUAUUUCUUUUCAUGAUCGCAGCCAUGCAAAUAAAAGUGAAUCACAGUGUUUCUGUUAAUA